ACGACGUGCUCCAAAACAAACCUUACCCUUGCUUAAUUACACAAGUGAAUAGAGAGACGUUUCGUCGCAUCAGAAAAUAACGCAGGCGCAGCAGCUGUGAUUUUUAAGUAGACACUCGGUGAAAGUUUUUUUCUUCAUAAAUUUACGUAUGUUUGCUUGGUAUUUUCAUUACGUCGCAAAAGCCUUCUGCAGCAGCAUGGCGGAUUUUUCAAAGUGGGCGCAGAAACACCUGUCAAGAGUUGGAGAGGACUUCGAGGAAGUAGACAAAGAUAAGAGUGGAUCUCUGGACUUCUUCGAGGUCUAUAAUGUGUUGCAGAAGUCCGGCUUUAAAGGCACGCUGGAAGAGGCAAAGAGAAUUUUCCAAUCGUUAGAUGUAGACAAGAAUGAGAAAAUAUCAAAAGAUGAAUAUGUGAAAUCUAUGGCUAAAGUUCCAAAAAUAGACUUCAAACAAAUCGUUUUGAGGCGAGCCUUCAAUAAGCUAGAUAAAGACGGAAGUGGUUUUCUGACACGUGACGAGAUUUUGGACGCGGCCAGUAACGAGGCUGAGCUUGACGCGUCUGCCGAGAACAUCUCGGACCUGCUCAUCUAUCUCGUGACAGACGACGACAAAAAGAUUGAUUACGAAGAGUUUUUGAAAAUUUGGAACGUCAAAUCCACAUCUUCCGCCAUGCGCACUCUGUUUCAAAAGCUGGAUACAGACGGAAGCGGGAAAGUGGACCGGAAAGAGCUCUUAGACGGUCUGCAGGGGGACAGCGAGCUUCACUUACAGGCGCCCAAGAUCUCUGAAAUACUAAUUAAAUGGAGCAAAAACCAUACGGGACCUUUGUCAUAUGAGGAAUUUCUCAAAGCAUAUGAAAGCGUUUGAUUUCCUGUAAGGACUCAUUGGGAGACAUCUUGAGAAGAGACAAUCAAUACAAAGUCUAUGUUGUUUUAUUUUUUAAUUCAAUGCUACAGUGGUACUAGUAUUAAUAUUCGUUGUUUAUAUAUUUAUACAAUGUAUAAAAUCGUAACACAUA